CGUCACGCUGCUGUGCGCGGGGGGGUUCGGGGAGGACGGCUUCCUGCGCACGGUGGGCCGGGUGCUGCGGGUCCGCCCCGCCGCCCCGCUGCCGUGCGGCUUCUGGGCGGCGGGGUUCAGCUUCGCACGCGCGGAGUGGAUGCAGGAGGUGCCGUACUGCCCCUCCCUGCCGCACCUCUUCUUCGGCGAGGAGAGCUACAUGCUGGCCCGCAGCUGGAGUCGCGGCUGGAGGGUGUUCGCGCCCGCCCUGCCGCUGGCCUUCCACCAGUGGCAGCGGGGCGCGCGGGCGCACACCUACCAG